GGUACCCCGUCGAGCCGUCCUGGCCCAGCCAUAGCAGAGGGCACUCCACACCACCACUCACCAGCCUCCCACUUCACUCCCUCCCUCCGCCCCGAGCCUCAAGAGGGGAAGCGAGCGAGGCGUGCCAGAAGUUGCCUGACGUCCUUGUCGUGUGGCCCUGAUCGUUAACGGCCUCAUCGUGACCUCAUCUUUCCUGCAUUACAGACACCCUCAGCCUGCGUGUGCCCCAAGGGCAGCUUCUCGCGCGGAGGAUGGCCCGUCACGUGCUGCCGCUGGUGCUGCUCGUUGUGGCUCUGGUGGUGCGGCUCAUUCUGUCCGCGCCUCUCCACGAGCCCGACCGCGACAUGACCCAGGAGACUCACGGCCCGGUGCACGCCGUGAUGGUGGAGCAGUCAAUCUUCGGCGGACUGGGGCCCGGACCCUGCCCCAGGAGGUGCCACAGAAGGGAUCUAUUAGGUCACUGUCGCCUAAAUUUCACCUGCUUAUUUGGCUGAAUGAGAAGUGUCUCUUCUCAAGCAUCCCUGUGCUCGUCCUGUGCCGCCUUCACGCCACCCCCUCAGCCACAGCCUGAUUUUCAAGAACUCGGCCUCAUCCUCAAGCCUCGCAACAACCCCGUGCACCUUCUCAACCAUCUUAUAUGCCUUGACUGACAACCUAGUACAUUACAGUUUAUGAUUCUAAAUAUUUCUUAAUAUAUAUUUUUUUCUGCAAACUCGCAUCAACAGCUUGUUACAGCGAAGUUACUGCAUUGUAACUGGAACAUCUUUGCAAUGACUGUUUUUUCUAAUAAAUGAUCAAUACAA